AUGGCCUUGAGCUCGGCACCAGAGAAGAGGGGCUGGUUCCUCGACAACCUCAAGGGUGAUGAGUCCCAGUCUUUCUCGCUGGCCCUGGAGAAGGUCCUGCAGGAGCGCGUCGUCACCAAGCUCCUGAACUUCUUCAUCGAGCAGCUCGACCUGAUCCUCACCUGCGACUCGCCGGCCGACAUCGAGGGUGCCUUCAACAUCAUCCUGGCCAUCGCCCACUUCGACAAGUCCACCACCGACACCCUGGCCGAGUCGAUCAUCCUCUUCGCCACCAAGACCACCUCCACCUCGCCGGCCAUCUUCAAGAUCCUGGCCAACCUGUUCAAUGCCCUCCCCACCGACAGCGUCCUCCGGUACAAGGUCUUCCGCGUGCUGCUCACCACGGCCAUCCAGCGCCACAACAUCCCGGAGGUCGUGGCCUUCGUUCCCCACCUGCCCAAGUGGUUCGCCGAGUGGAAGUCCUCCAACGCCGACAUCCGCUCCGUCUACAAGCAGCUGUCCGAUGCCCUGUUCGCGUCCGGUGACAUUGACCGCGCCCUCGACAUUCUGGCCCUCUACAUGAAGACCUUCUCCACCGAGGCGCCCCCCACCGGCGACGAGCGCUCGGAGCUCAUCUCCCUCCUCGUGCAGAUCAUCAACAACGAGGCUGUCUUCAAGAUCGACGUCAUCAUUGACCUGCCCGUUAUUGCCCUCCUCGCCGACGAGACCGCCGUCAAGGUCCUGAAGAUCUUCUUCAAGGGCGACUCCGCCGAGUUCAAGGCCUUCGUCGAGCAGAACAAGGCUGCCGUCGAGGCGUCCGGCAUCAACAUUUCUACCUUCACCGAGAAGAUCCGCCUGAUCGACCUUUCUACCCUGGCCCUCAAGAGCCUGCACACCCCCCUGAGCUACGAGGCCAUCGCCUCGCACAUCGGCUUCAGCGUCGACGACGUCGAGCACUGGAUCAUCGAGGCCGUCCGCAAGAACAUCAUCGUCGCCAAGAUCGACCAGAUCAGCCGCUCCAUCGUUGUCAGUGGAAGCCGCGUCCCUCUCUAG